AUGAGUGUGGAUUCUGCUUGUCCCCAAAGCCUGCCCUGCUCUGAAGCAUCCAGUUCUAGGGAACCUUCACCAGUGCCUGAGAUUUAUGAGCCUGAAGAAGACUAUGCAUCCUUGCAAGUCUCAUCUGCUGAGACAUUCUACAUGGAGACUGUCUCUCCUCUUCCUUCCUCCAUGGAUCUGCUUAUUCAGAACAGCCCUGGUUCUCCCACCAGUCCCAGUGAACUACUACCCACUUCUGUAGAGAACAGUACAGGGAAGAAGGAGGAGAAAGUCCAGGUCAAGAAACGGAAGAUCAGAACCAUCUUCUCUCAGACCCAGCUCUGUGUACUCAAUGAGAGAUUUCAGAGACACAAAUAUCUCAGCCUCCAGCAGAUUCAGGAACUAUCCCACAUACUGAACCUUAGCUACAAACAGAUUAAGACCUGGUUCCAGAACCAGAGGAUGAAAUGUAAGUGGUGGCAGAAAUACAACUGGCCAAAGAAUAAUAGCCAUGUGACCCAGAUGAGCACAGCAACUACAGAGUACCUGGGCCUCUCUUCCUGUCACCAGGAGUGCCUGGUGAAUGCUUCUGGAAACCUCUCAAUGUGGACCAACCAGACCGGCAGUAAUCUAACUUGGAGUAACCAUUCCUGGAACAGCCCAUCUUGGAACUACCAUUGCUGGAAUAGUCAGACCUGGUGCCCCCAAGCCUGGAACAACCAGGCUUGGAACAGCCAGUUCUAUAGUUAUGGAGAGGAAUUCCUGCAGCCCCAGAUCCAAUUCCAGCAAAAUCAUCAAAAUCCUGUCAGUGACUUGGAGGCCACCUUGGAAACUGCUGGGGAAAGCUAUGAUGCAAUACUGCAAACCCCUAAGUAUUGUAGUACCCAGCAAAGCAUGGAUUUAUUUCCAGAUUACUCCAUAAACAUACAGCCUGACUCAAUGAUCACAUAG